AUGUCGAGUCAUUUCUCAUCGCUCAAGCGCGCCCAGACGGAUAUUCCGGCGCAACAAACCAGCCCACUGCGCCACGACUCAACCGCGUCAACCAACUCAUCGGCCUACUCAGUGGGUUCAAGCUCGUUUGCUCCCAGUCGAACAAGCACCAUUUCCUCAAAUGCGUCCAUCCAAAGCAGUCUAGGCCACCACCGAGGAAAAAGUGAAACGAGUUCGGCGACAAUGGGUGCCAGCGAAAUGGGAAGCUGGUCGAAUGCCGGGACGACAUAUGAGAAUAUUCGCCGGUCCUUGCGACCUCUCCAACAGGCGCCCAAUAUCACACCCUCGGCCACCAAACCAAUUGCGUAUCGACAGUCGCGUAGCUACACGAUCGAUGAGCCACGAAUUGGAAAGGAGUACCGGCCUAGUACUCCAGAGUCGCCGAGAGUCCACUUCAAAGAGAACGAAUCACCUCGUCACAGACCAAGUACACUCGAGCCACAAACACCCCCAAUGGGAAUGACGCCUCAACAUCUGUCUCCCACCCCUACGCCGGGAUCAUCGCGACCCUCGUCGCCUCAGAAAACGCUCUCAAAUAGUCCACACCCUCCACAACUCACAACCGCCUUGUCUGCUCCAGAGCUCGAGACCUUCCAGAAGUCAUCAACGCGUCAUCUCAGGACUCUGUCCAAGAUUGCACAGUCCGGCGACAAUGAUGAGUUUAAAUUCGGCGCAGCAACACAAUCCGUGGUGGGAAUGCAAGGGCGACGACGAUUGAAGCGUGCGGAUUCAGUUGCUGGUGGACGCAGCGGCGCGGUGUCCCCAGAGAAGCCAAAGGUGUCAUCCUGGGCUGCUGGAAACUGGAUGGAUCAACAGCGGCAAUUCCUGCAGGCCUACGAAUAUCUCUGCCACAUUGGAGAAGCCAAAGAAUGGAUCGAAAGUGUGAUCCAGAAAGAGAUUCCGCCCAUUGUGGGACUGGAGGAAGCUUUGCGAGAUGGCGUAACGCUCGCCGAGGUGGUGCAGGCUAUGUACCCUGAUCGAGUCUUGCGAAUCUUUCGACACGCAAAGCUGCAGUAUCGCCAUUCCGACAACAUCGCCUUGUUUUUCCGAUUCCUUGAUGACGUGGAGCUGCCCGAGUUGUUCCGUUUCGAGCUCAUCGAUCUUUACGAAAAGAAAAACAUCCCAAAGGUAAUCCACUGCAUUCACGCCUUGUCCUGGUUGCUGUUCAAGAAUGGUAUGUUGGACUUCCGUAUGGGCAACCUGGUUGGUCAGCUGGAGUUUGAGCACCACGAGCUUGAGCAGACCCAAAAGGGCCUCGACAAGGCAGGAGUCAGCAUGCCUAGCUUUGCGGGCAUGGCCGCAAACUUUGGUGCAGAGCCAGAACCCGAACCUGAACCGGAGCCCGUCGAAUCCGAGGAAGAGCGAAUCGACCGCGAGCUACACGAAAGCGAAUCUUCGAUCAUUGACUUCCAGGCCCAGAUCAAGGGCGCUAUGCUGCGGUUGAAGCUCGGCAGCAUGAUGAAUGGCCUCUGGGAUUUCGAGCCUUUAUUGAUUGAAUUGCAAUCACGCCUGCGUGGAGACUGGGCUCGGCAAAUCAGUCAGUACCGGCUGAGUAUGCGUCAAUUCGCCGUCCAGCUCCAAGCCAUCAGCCGCGGAUUCAUUGUGCGCCGCCGCCAGAACGGAGAGAAGCAAUGGCGGGAGGCACAAGAGACCGAUGUCCUUCAACUGCAGAGCCGGAUCCGUGCCUCGAAAGUGCGAGCAGAAGCUCAACUUUUGCAAACACGCGCUCGAAAGGAGGAAUCUGGUAUCAAGCAAUUCCAAGCUGCCAUUCGAGGUGCGCUGCAACGCAAGAAUGUCUCCGACCAAUACGAACAAACACGCUCUUCCGAGCAUGAUGUUACGACCCUUCAAGCAGUAAUCCGAGGUGCUUUACAACGACAGCAAAUGAGUGUCCAGUCCCAGAAAGUUAAGCAAGCUAGCAGCCCGGUCAAAUCACUGCAGGCAGUGAUUAGAGGAGAUCUCGCCCGUCAACAAAUGUCGCAAGUAAAGACCUCCCUUCAACAUGAAAUACCUGCCAUCACGUUCAUUCAAUCCACCGUGCGUGCACUGGCAUCGAAAAAACGCCAUGUUCAGCUCCUGGAGGCUCUUUCAAAGACCGAUAAAGAAUGCACUGCAUUGCAGGCAAUGGUACGUGGUGCCGCUGUGCGCCAGAGCAAUUCAGUUCUUCGCUCUGAGUUGGCCGAGCAUCAAUCUGUUGUCACUAGCCUUCAGGGCAUCCUCAGAGGCAAGGCUUGCAGAGAAUUCUUGGAGGAUCAGCAGGGUUCGUUGAAACAGGAAGAGCAGGUUAUUCUGGACUUGCAAUCCAAGGUCAGAGGUCUCCUACAACGAAAACACCUGGCCGCAGAGCGGAAAGAGCUCGAGAAUCAUGAGCUCUUGAUAGUGAACCUUCAGUCACUUGCACGUGCCGCAUUGCUCCGCAUCGAGGUUGGGGGAAUUCUCACACGACUUGAAGAUUGCGAAGAAGACAUCGUUCAACUUCAAGCACUGUCAAGGGCUUUACUCGUACGGAUGCAUGUUGGCCAGGCGUUGGCUGAUCUGGAAGACGAGGAAGAAUUCAUCAUUGAUCUCCAGGCCCGCAUCAGAGGUAGCCUGAUCCGCAACCGCUUCGAGGAGAGACGCCGUCACUACAACGAGAACAUGGAGAAGGUAAUCAAGGCCCAAAGUGUCAUUAGAGGCCGCAUCCAAGGCCAGGCAUACAAGAGCUUGACGAGUGGCAAGAACCCUCCUGUCGGCACAGUGAAGGGCUUCGUUCAUCUUCUCAACGACAGCGACUUUGAUUUCGAUGAGGAAAUUGAAUUUGAGCGGUUGCGCAAGGUGGUCGUCCAGCAGGUCCGACAAAAUGAACUCGCAGAGCAGUAUAUCAGCCAGCUCGACAUCAAGAUUGCCUUGUUGGUCAAGAACAAGAUCACACUGGAUGAAGUUGUCAAGCACCAAAAACACUUUGGUGGUCAUAUCGGCAACCUAUUGUCCAACACCGACAUCUCCUCUAAAGACCCCUAUGAUCUCAAGGCCUUGAACAAGACGUCACGAAAGAAGUUGGACCAGUAUCAGGUGUUCUUUUUCCUCCUACAAACCCAGUCCCAGUACCUUGCCAGACUGUUCCGUCGCCUUCGUGAGCUCAACACGUCGGACAAGGAGUAUGAGCGGAUUAGGCACUUGAUGAUGGGUCUCUUUGGAUACUCACAGAAGAGACGCGAGGAAUACUACCUGGUCAAGCUUCUUGCUCGCUCUGUCAAGGAAGAUAUCGAAACCUUCACCGCGCUCCCUGAAUACCUACGAUCCCACGCCUUCUGGAACAAGCUCUUUGGCUCCUACGCCAAAUCACCUCGCGACCGCAAAUUCAUGCGCGACGUUUGGGGCACUGUAGUGAAGGAGUCCGUCAUUGACAAUCCUGAACUCGACCUUGAAAGUGAUCCAAUUCAAAUUUACCGCUCGUCCAUCAACAACGAGGAGCUUCGCACAGGUCAACGCAGCCGUCGGCGACCGGACCUCCCGCGAGAGGAAGCCAUCAGAGAUCCAGAGACUCGAGAGACGUUCAUUCAGCACUUGCAAGAUUUGCGAGACAUUGCUGAUCAAUUCUUUGCUGCUUUCGAAGAUUUCCUGUACCGCAUGCCAUUCGGUACCCGAUACCUUGCCCAACAAAUGUAUGAAAAUCUACUCGCGCGGUUCCCAAAUGAAGACCCCGGGUUUGUUCUUCAAACAGUUGGCCACUGGGUGUGGAAGAAUUAUUUCCAACCCGCACUACUCGAGCCCGAGAAGUACGGUGUUGUGGACCGCGGUCUAACCCAGGAGCAGAAGAGAAAUCUGGGUGAGAUAGCCAAGGUGGUGGCUCAGGUAGCUUCUGGCAGACUGUUUGGCGCCGAGAACGUGUACCUCCAGCCCCUCAAUUCUUACAUCGGCGAGUCAAUACAAAGGCUUGGCCAAAUCUGGGGACAGAUGAUCUCCGUGCAAGAUGCCGAAGCCUACUUUGAUAUUGACGAAUUCAAUGAUCUCUACGCCAAGGCCAAGCCCACUCUGUACAUCAAGAUGUCCGACAUCUUUUCAAUUCACCAGCUUGUGGCUUCGGAGAUUGAGUUCAUGUGCCCGCAUCCCGAUGACUUCCUCAAACAGCUUGUGCGGGAUCUUGGAAACGUCAAGAGCAACGAGAACGAGUUGAUGGGUGUGAGCUCUACGGAAAUCAACUUGACACUCAACCCAAAGCUUGCUCAAACCGAAGACCCGGAAGCUGAUAUCAAGACCUUGUUCAUGGAGACAAAGCGAUGUAUUCUCUAUAUUAUCCGCGUCCAGACCGGAGCAAACCUGAUGGAUAUCAUGCUCAAGCCCCCGAGUGAAGAAGAUCAACAACGGUGGCAUACCUUGGUGCGAGAGGAGCUGAGCUCAAAUAGCUCUCGUCGGGGCGCCUACUCGGAAGCAAGCACCUUGAUUGACAUUGGGUCUAUGGACUACUUGGAGCUCAAGGGUAUUGCUUUGGAGAACAUCCUUCGCCUUGAGCAAGCCGGCAAGAUCAGCCGGCACAACCACUACCAGGACCUAUUGAACGCCAUUGCGAGCGACAUCCGCACCAAGCAUCGCCGCCGAAUCCAGCGAGAGCGUGAGUUGGAUGGUGCGCGAAUGACCUCGGCUCGCCUCAGCGACCAGGCCAUUUAUCUGGACCAACAGCUCAAGACCUAUAACGACUACAUUGAGCAGGCCAUGAUCACGCUGCAGAACAAGAAGGGCAAGAAGCGAUUCCUGAUGCCAUUUACCAAACAGUGGGAUCACCAGCGUGAACUCCAGAAGACGGGCAAGGUGUUCAAGUUUGGUUCAUUCAAGUACUCCGCUCGCACAUUGGCCGACCGAGGUGUCCUUGUCGCCUGGAAGGGAUAUAGCGAGCGACAGUGGGAUCGCGUGGAUCUAACCAUCUCCAGUAACGAAGUUGGAGUUUUCACCAUUGACGGAAGCAGCGGCAACAUGAUGGUUCCUGGAGCUAAUGCCCAGGUGCCACUUGAUGACCUGCUGCAAGCCCAGUUCAACAAUACACAAUUUAUGGACUUCUUUGACGGGCAGAUGCGAGUUAACGUCAACCUCUUCCUGCACUUGAUCAUGAAGAAGUUCUACAACGAGUAA